GCUGCUCAUUGACUCUACCUUACAAAGAUGGCCGCCCAUUGACAUUACCUUACAAAGAUGGAUACUCAUUGAUCCGCACCUUCGUGGCCGCACACCCUCGUAACUUUACAAAGAUGGCGACUCCGGCGGCUUCAUCCCCGACGGGAGAGACCAGCGACCCGAAGUCCGCCGUAUUCUGGGAGCAGCUGCUGGAAAGUGUCGUAAACGACUGGGAGGGGAAAAAAAGCCGGUCUGUGUUUGAGGUUGUCCUGGAGUCUGAGCAGACGUAUGGAAAGUUGUACCAAGCUUGGUCAAGAGGGAUCCCUGCUGAACUUUCAGACAAAUUGCAAGAUACUUUUCAAGAGGUUCUUAAAGAUGCUGGGGUGGAUUCAACACAGAAUUACACAGCGUUUGCUGCCUUCAGCUUUCAGCCAGUGAGUGCGGGUGUCCCUUGGUUACCGGCUGGUGCCAUCAUUGGCAUCCCUGCCAACUUCAACAGCACAGAUGAUGAAGGAAAAGGAAUAACAAAUCGAAUUGUCAUGAUCAAUGGCAGAGACGUCAAAUGGGACAGUGAGGUGGGAAAAGCCCUAAGGGAAUCCCUCACCUUUUCACCUAAUGCACAGAAGUUUGCCAUAGCUCGAGAGAUUAUGUAUUUGCAGAGCAACAGCCCUAUCAUUUAUUCACUGGUGGGAUCAGUCUGUUUAGCAGGCACAUAUCUGACUGGGGUGGCAGCAAAACAAGCCCUAGGUUUGUACUCUGGUCCUGUAUUAGUACGUGGCUUUUUCAACUUGACUGUAGUAGCAGUGGGACUUAUAGGUUACUUUCUUCUUUCUGAUACAGUUAGUCACUGGCUUGACUAUAGAUCAGACCACCGCACAGCUACAAUAUCAAAGAACUAUGCAGAAGGAGGCAUUGAGUUUUAUGAUAAAGUACUUGCACGGAAUAGAACAUUUCGUUUUCUUCUGGGUAAAAAAGGAGUGGAAAUGUAUGCAACAAAUGGAAAUCUGUUCCCAAGGCAUUGGUUCAGAUUGAAACAUGCUCCUUACACCUCCAGAAAAGAGAUGAUUGAAAAUACUCUGAAAGACUGCUGGAUGUAAACCAGUGAAUUGUACCCCAUCCACCAACUUAAAUAUUCAUUCUAUCCACUACAGUGGCAGCAGUGUAUACUAUCGACAGGAUGCACUGCAGCAACUCAUCAUGGCUCAUUCGACAACAUCUCUCAAAUUUGCAACCCUUACCUAGAAGCACAGAGGUAUCAGAUACCACCACCUGCAAGUUCACCUGAAAGCCACACACCAUCUUGAUUUGGAACCAUAUUGCGGUUCCUUGGUUAUUGCUGAGUCAAAAUCAUGGCAAUCUUUCCAUAAGGAUACUGUGGGUGUCCAUGCACCAGAAGGAUUGGAACAGUUCAAGAAAGUUACAUCACUACCGUCUUAAGAACAGUAAGGGAUGGGUGACAAAUGCUGCCUUUGCCAUUGACACAUCCCCCAAUUAGGUACACAUUUGCACAAUAUCUUGUGCAGUGAAUUCUCUCCAAUUUUGCUUUCCUUUGUUUACUGUGUGCCCCAAACUGUGUGCUUUCUCCUGUUCUCCCAGAUUCUCUGUGAGGGAAGCAUCUCCCAGCAUCACAAAAAUGCAUUUUGUGGAUAGGAAGUUCUGCUGCACCUUGUAAUGAGCUGUUCCAGUGUGGUGAUUGAUAAAGAUUCACUGGUGUUCUGGUGACUUAUUACCUAUUACAUUGCCAAACUGACUAAAUUAUCCUUUAUAGCAAAGGAUCAUCUAAUUUCAUAAAAUUCAGACACAGAUCAUGGCAAAAAGCAGGAAACUGAGAGACUGGCAUUCUACUUGUUUUUCUUUCUUUGCCUUUUAUUGACCAAAUGUUGUUACAUUUUUAUGCAAGUUACUGAGUCCAAGAGCAUGCCAGUUUUACAUGGCUUGCAAACCUAUAUCAAUCACUCGUGUUUUCCUUUACAUUUUUCUUGUAUUGAAUUAUAAUUUUGCUAAUAGGUUCAGGUUUCACAGGCAUGUGCAGAUAUCCUUUUGUUUGAGGUUAUGAUGAUCUCGCAAGAAUUGCAGAUUAUACAUAGUGGCUUAAUCAUGAAUGAAGAUAGUUAAAUCUAAAAGAGCUACACUUGAACUCAAGCCUUGUUUGAUAAUCAAAUCUUGAACCUGACUUGAAAGGUGAAGUUCACCAGUCAUUGACUGUCAGUGGGCAAACCUCUGGGUCUCACCCAUAUUGUGUGCAAAGCGGCAUGAUAUACAUGGCUGGGCCACCUCAUUUGCAGUAUCAGAGAUGCAUUAGUAGCAUGAAUUUGAGUAACUAAUGAGAAUGAGAACAUUAUGAAUAUUCGCUUUCACAGGAUAUUUGACAUUUUAAGAGAGUUCUGAAAUAAAAAAAGUAAUAGUGGUCAAAAGUUAAAAGUGCAGAAAAAGCAAAUAAAUUGGUUGCAUUGUUAGUUCCCUCUAAGCUUGACACUUCAGGAUGUUAUUUCCCUUCCUAACAGCUCCAUGGGUGUAUCUGCAUCCCAGGAUCAGCAGUGGUUCAAGAAGGCGGCUUACCACCACCUUCCCAAGGGUAAUUAGGACAAUGUCCAUGUACCGUUGACAAAGAAGGAACAAAUGUAGCAAAUAAUGGGCGUUCACAUUGACUGAGGGCCCUGUGCCUAAUUGCCACCAGAAUGUUAAGAGAACUAAUUCUGUGAUUUUUAUAUGUAUGUACAAGAUAGAUUUUGAAACCUCUGUGGUCUGACAGUGCAGAAAGAGCUUCUACCUGUGAGUUCUCAUUUUGCUAAGAGGUUCAGGUUUCACAGGCAUGUGCAGAAAUCCUUUAUCACAGGGGCUACACUCCACGAUUAAAUGAUUGGUAAUGUGCUAUUUUCAUCCUGUACGAGCAAUCUGCAUUUUUUUAGAAAAUAAAUGGUAUAAUAUUAUGGUGCUUUUGCAAGGCUGCCUGUUUUUCUCCUGUUAAGCUCUUUAUUUGCUUAAAUUAAAACUGAUGAACCUCUAACUUAUAUGCUAACUGGAAUGGUUUGUAUAAAUUAGGAAAUGCUGCUUCUAUGAUGUUGGGCUGCAUUGAAUCCCAUUGUGUCAUUGCAAGACCAGUGCAUUUAGCCAAUAAAAUACAUCUGUGGUCAAUAAGAUGAGAAGGGCUCCAGUUCCAUGAGCAAACUAUUCAAUUAAGCAACACCCAUAUAUAGUCAUCAUGUAGAAGCAAUAUAUAAACUACAAACAAGAAGGUGGACCAUCUAUGUUUAUGUAUAGUUCAGUUGCGUAUGGUGUAUUUGGCAAGUGUUGAUUUUUAGGGGUGUGUGAUCACAGUUACUUAAAUAUUGACUAUUUGUAAGGAAUUUUGUUAGGAUUGUUGCAAAACAGCAGUUUAGCUGUAUACAUUAGUGAAUUAGACAAUAUACACCCUAUGACAAUUAAGAAUGGUUCAUUAAAGCACAGAACAGGCAGAUGGCAUGGAAUGUGUUGAUUUCAUUAAAG